GAGCGACUCUUGGAGCGGAAAGGAGAUCACAGGAGGGACUGGACAGGGCAAGGCUGGACAGGGCAGGGCUGGGCAGUGCACGGGAGCUGAAAGGGGAGUGCUCGAGGGGCCAGACACACCGAGCCUGUAACGCCAUGCCGCCGUGCGUCCUACGACUUUUAUUCGCUUUGUUGCUCCUGUCCUUGCUUCCUCUACUCCAAGCCGGAGACCUCCCAACCAUGGAUAGCACAUCUAUGGGCAACUGCAUCAGUGCCAAAAAACUGUGCCUGGAUGACUUCACUUGCAAAGUCCACUUCCUCCACUUGGAAACCUGCUUUCCUUUCAUGGCCUCAGCUCCUCAGAAGCCUGAAAACCAGGAGGGCUGCCUGGAGGCAGCACAGCAGCUUCAGAAUAGUUCUCUGGGUAGCUGCAGGUGCCAGUGGCGCAUGAAGAAUCAGGGCAUCUGCCUGGCUAUCUACUGGACCAUCCACUCUACUUAUGGCCUUGGUAACUAUGAUUUGGGGGGCUCACCAUAUAAGGAAAUUGUGAUCAGCAAACCCAGGAAAUUUAAUCAUCUGGACUUGCUUGAGUCAGGCUCCAUGUCCCAAAGCAGCCCUGAUCUCUGCAUGAAGUCCACCACUCUGUGCACCCUGAAUGACAGAUGUAACAAGUUGCGCCUGGCCUAUGGGGAGGUCUGCUCAGUGGCUCGAUGUCAGCCCCUAAGGUGUCAGCAGGAGCUCCGUGUCUUCUUUGAGCAGGUAGCAGACAACUAUGCCCAAGCACUUCUAUUCUGCCCUUGUGAAGACGGGGAUGACGUCUGUGGGGCACGACGGCGUAACAACAUUGCCCCCAGCUGUGCCUCUCCAGCCAAAGACCCCCCCAACUGCCUGAUGCUCUGGGACACCUGCCUUCAAGACUUGCUCUGCAGAUCCCGCCUGGCUGAUUUUCAGAUGUACUGCUGUCGCAUGGACCCUGUGGGGACCUGUGUGGGAAUACAGCCCCAGCGAUGCCUGAAGGCAUAUAUGGGGUUGAUUGGUACUGUGAUGACCCCCAAUUAUAUCAGCAACCUCAGUGCUGAUGUUGCAUUGAGCUGUUCCUGCCAGGGGAGUGGCAACCAACUAGAAGAAUGCAUGCGUAUACAGGAAUCCUUCUCCAAAAAUCCCUGCCUCACCAAGGCUAUUAAAGCUCAGAUGCAAGUUCACCACCAAUUGCUUUCCAAAAGCUCCCCCACUGCCAUCUCUCAGGACAGCUUUCAAAGCCUGUGGGAUCACUCCUAUUCUGUGCAUAUAUCCCAGGGUAAUAGUCUGGCUGGAAGACUACAUCCCUGGGUCCUCACCAUCUCCUUGGGUUCCCUGACCUUGGUUCUGCUCCUGCUCCCUGUCCUUGGCCACUUGUAAUAGUACUUUGCUUGUGGUCCCUCUGCCCCCCUGCAUAUCACCUCCUUGAGAGUCUUGGCCAUAGCUGUUUGAAGAAUGCAGAGGGGAGAAGCUGGAGGAGUGAAAAAAGAGAUCCUGCCUUGCCUGCCCCAAACCUUCUAUGAUCAGCAAUCACUAGAAGAGGCCUAACAGGAAAGAAAAUCUGUCAAAUAGCAGGAGGAAGAGGGCACUGGAAAGCGGGGACAAAGGUGGCUGAACUGGGGCUGCCCUCUGAGACUGUCCUUUCCACAACGGAGAGGGGGUUUCUAUGAUUAUUCCUCCAAGGCACACCCUUCCAGGGGCCCUGGGUUCCAGAUGAGGCAACAACCUCAGGGAGAGAAGGGCAGAGGAAAUAUUGAGAUGGAUAGGAUGGCCUUGACUGACUGGGGCUCCCUUGAACUCUCUGUCUCUUCCACCCUAGGUCAUCUGUCUUUGGGGGGAUGGGGGCUAGAUGACUGUAUUUCCCUGAUUGCCUGGCUGUGGGAAUUAGCCCAUGACUGACUAAGCCAAAUUAUCUCCCUGUUUCUCUCUCCUUUUCCCUAGUCUGUGGCCCUUUCCCCCAAGGGUUAUUCUCCCUUACCUCCCCCUCCUUAAAGUAUUUUUUCAUUCAUUCAUAAAACAUUUAUUAAAUGCCUACCUUGUACAACAUUGGUCCUGCCCCCAAAAAGUUUACAACCUCCAGUAAUAAUUUGUCAAUUUUGUGUCUCUAGCCAGGCAGAGUGAUACAGUCACUCUCAUCCCCCCAGUAGGAAAAAAUCGUAAUAAAAUUCCCACAUCUUGUCUAACCCUUGGCCCCUAAUCUGAAUGAGAGAAGAAGAGGCAGCCUGGACUGUCUUGUAGCAGAUACUCAGAUCCUUAGAGAGGAUUUAGAUUCCUGAGUGAGUCACCCUCUGCCUUGCUCUGAUAUGUUCUACCCCAAUUCCCACCACCUCAGUUAUGUACUCAUUAAAUAUUUCAGUUUAAAA